AUGUCUGAACUGCUAGAGCUUAAGCAGGAUGUUGAACUGCUGAAUACCGAAAUCGCAUCGAUAGAAAGGCAACUACAGUCCAUAAAUGAACAGAUACACAGCGCGAGAGAGCGGGGCAGUGACUCACAGAGAAGCCGUAGCCAUACUGAGGGGUUAGAGAAUCAAGAGUACGAGAUUUUUUGGGCAGAUCACCCAGAGCUGAGGAGGCACCUGUUGCAGUACGGUGCAGAAAACCAAGGCCAAGGCCAGAAAGACGCGGCAACGAAGGCGGAAACCACACCCAAGGCACCUAAAUCUACGCGUACACCUACUGAGCAUGACGCCCGCUUGAGGAAUCAGAGCGAUGCUGGCCAUCGCAUGUUUGACCCAGCCUUGGCGCCGUUCUUAGACACCGAACUCCUUCGGUCGCCCUCGAAGCGUGGCAAGAUAUUGUCGACCAGGCCCGAGCAGUCCAAGCAGAGGGAGCUGCGCAACUUCAUCGAGGUAGAGAACUGCUACCGCAUGUGCGGUAUCACGUUUUUUCCCCUGGUCGAUCCCGGGAGACUUGGCGGACAGGAUAAGGACAAUGAGGGCAUCGUGAAUGAAAUGUUGGGCAUCCGCCUGGAGGUCUUCAAUGAGAACACACGCCGGUUCGACUAUCCCUAUUACGUGCUUCUGCGACGGGACGCCAAAGUCGCCACCCGCUGGCAGUUGUUCAAGCAUACGCUUCCCAAAAUGCUCGACGCAGAGCGCAUCUGGAGCACUACGCUGAAUGGCGCUAUCUGCAGCGACAGUGACGUUUAUCUGUUUGCCAAGAAGUGCUACGCAAGACUCAUAGAUAUGCAUUUUCGACUCCAGUUCAUCGCGCGGCUAGAUCCAGACCUUUUCGAGAACAUCCGCACGGACUCAUACGCAGCGAUGCUCUCCUUCCUCAUAUCCGGUGGCGCUCAGCCGCUAGCGGUCACUGUCUUACUCGAGGGUCGAGAAGUCCGCAGCUGCCAGUUGGACCAACAGCAGCACGAUGAAUGGGCCCAUGUGCUUGUGGGAGCAUUGGCAGAUCUCCCCAACAAAGUUAGGGUGCUUAAAGGUAAUGUAGUCCCCGGUUAA